GUCUGCGCAGGAAUCUGCAUCAGAAUCCAACUCCCGUUGAUUCACAGCUUCACGUCACGAUGGCAGAAGAAGUCGCUCCAGCUGCAGCCGCCGCCUCCGCACCGGCCAAACCCCCCAAGUCCCCGAGGAAGAAGAGCACCAAGCCCGCGAAGAGGACCGGGCCCGGGGCCGGGGAGCGCAUCCUGGAAGCCAUCACGGGCUGCAAGGACAGGAAGGGCAUCUCCUUCAUCGCCGUGAAGAAGCAGCUGGCCGCGGCCGGAUACGAUGUGGAUCACAACGGCCACAACAUCAAACGCGCCCUCGGGAAGCUGCUGAGCGACGGGACCGUGGUUCAGCUCACAGGACACGGAGCGUCCGGAUCCUUCAGGAUGAACAAAACCGCAGAGAAGUCCAAGAAGGUGGCGAAGAAACCCGCCAGGAAGCCCGCCCCCAAAGCCAGGAAGCCCGCGACCCCGAAGAAGAGCCCCAAGUCCCCGAAGAGGGUCGCGAUCAAGACCGCCAUCAAGACCCUGAAAGCGGCCAAGAAGUCUCCCAAGCCCGCAGCGAAGAAGGUGAAGAUGGUCAAGAAAGUCCCGGCUGCCAAGAAAGUGGCCAAGAAGGUGGAGGUCAAGAGCCCGAAGAAGGCGGCGGCGGCCAAGAAGCCGGUUGCGGCCAAGAAGGUUGUGAAGAAGGCGGUGAAGGCCCCGAGCACCAAGGAGAAGAAGGUCGGAGUCAGGAGGACAACCAGGAAGUAGAAGAAGAACAAGUGGAGGAAAACAAACGGCUCUUUUCAGAGCCACCACCUGGUGCAGAGCUAAUGUCCAGAGAGUCACGUGUUCCAGCAGCAGAGCACUGGGUCAGAACCAACUAGUUACUACACUUUAUUAACUAACUAGUUACUGAACUUUAUUAUCAAACUAAGUAGUUACUGAACUUUAUUAUCAAACUAACUAGUUACUGAACUUUAUUAUCAAACUAACUAGUUACUGGACUUUAUUAACUAACUAGUUACUGAACUUUAUUAUCAAACUAACUAGUUACUAAACUUUAUUAACUAACUAACUAGUUACUGAACUUUAUUAUCAAACUAACUAGUUACUAAACUUUAUUAUCAAACUAACUAGUUACUGAACUUUAUUAUCAAACUGUAACUAGUUACUCAACUUUAUUAUCAAACUAACUAAACUUUAUUAUCAAACUAACUAGUUACUAAACUCUAUUAUCAAACUCUAACUAGUUACUAAACUUUAUUAUCAAACUAACUAGUUACUACACUUUAUUAUCUAACUAGUUACUAAACUUCAUUAUCAAACUAAAUAGUUACUGAACUUUAUUAUCAAACUGUGACUAGUUACUAAACUUUAUUAUCAAACUAAAUAGUUACUGAACUUUAUUAUCAAACUAACUAGUUACUAAACUUUAUUAUCAAACUCUAACUAGUUACUAAACUUUAUUAUCAAACUAACUAGUUACUAAACUUUAUUAUCAAACUAACUAGUUACUAAACUUUAUUAUCAAACUAACUAGUUACUAAACUUUAUUAUCAAACUAACUAGUUACUAAACUUUAUUAUCAAACUAACUAGUUACUGAACUUUAUUAUCAAACUGUAUCUCGUUACUAAACUUUAUUAUCAAAUACAAAAAACUUAUGAUCAUGAUUAAGAUUCACUGAACAAAUCUGUACAUAUAUUAUUUGUUGUUCAAAUCAUAUUGUAAAUAUUGUACAUUUAUUUUUUACUGUUUCUACUGAAUGUGUCAUAGAGGAAUAUAUUUGAUAUUUGUUUCUAUGUAUUUAUUUCUAAACCAAACUUUAUGUACGUUAUGAUUUUAAUGUCAUUUCCUCUUGUGAAGCUGAACAUCUGAACCAUGAAGAAUCAUCUCGUCCACAUUGAUUCACUUCUCAUUAAAUGCAGAUGUCACCAUAUGGACACUGAUUUGAACAGCUGAUAUAUAAAUCAUGUUUAUUUAAAUUAAAACACAGAUUUGUAUCAAUAA